UACUGACGUCAUUGUGCACACCGCUUUUCUUAUAAAAAGAGACGCGCUGAAAAACGACGCAUCAAAGAUUCCACUGCCGCCUUAAUGAUGUGAAAUGGAUAUGUCAAACAUUGUAGUUGUCUGCGUAGCAAUUUGUUUGAAUUUAAAAUGUUCACAUUCCCUUAAUUGCUUGUCUUGUCAGAACAUAGAUGACCCACAUACCUGCAACAGAACGACACUAUGUCAAAACUCUCAGGUAUGCUACUCGGAUGUAAAGGAAGGGAUAUAUCAAAUGGGAUGUGCUGAUAACCAGCGUUGUGGUGGAAGUGCCAGUAUAGGUAUCGUCGGACGAGAUAUGACGUUUCGGCAAACCUCAAGUUGUCUAGAAUGUUGUUCUUUUGAUAGUUGUAACUUAGACUUGUGCAAACACAUAAAACCUUCCGUGUGCAUUGACGAUACAACGGUUGACUGUGCACGAAUGAGUACAAUAUUCCACAUAUGUACAGACGUCCAACAUGCUAAGCUAGUUUGUCCAAAGUUUUGUGGUCUCUGUGAGGUUGAUGGAAAGUGGAGUGACUGGUCCUCGUGGACAAAUUGUGACGUCACCUGCGACUUAGGCAUCCAGACGAAAACUAGAACUUGCACGAAUCCUGCCCCAGCAAAUGGUGGACUUGACUGUAUUGGAAAUGUAACUGAAACUAAACAAUGUCAAAAUGAUCCUUGCCCAGUGCACGGAAAUUGGAGCAGCUGGGGGUCUUGGGCGUCUUGUUCAGUUUCUUGUGAUGUUGGAAUGCAGCACAGAGAUAGGUCUUGUUCUAAUCCGUUUCCCAGUUUAUAUGGAGACCACUGCUUCGGAGAUUCACGUGAAGACAGUCUGUGUUUACCUGGUGCAUGUGCAGAUGGUGGAUGGUCAAGUUGGGAAAACUGGGGUUUUUGCAGUGAAAGUUGUGGAGGUGGAAUUCAAAGUCGGCUAAGAACAUGUUCUAACCCGAGACCAUCUUUAUUAGGAAGAUAUUGUGAUGGAAGUCCAGAGGAAACGAAAACGUGUAACCAACAUAUUUGUGCAGAUUUACACGUGGCAUUUACGGCAUAUAACUUAGAUACAAGCUCGCCAGAUCACACUACCCUUAAAUUCAAAUCCGUAUACAUCAACGAUGGUCGUGCUUAUGACGUCUCCACGGGGAAAUUUACGUGUACAAUCCCCGGACUUUACCAUUUUUCUAUUAUAUUAACAAAGCAGUUAAUUAUAUUGCCUUAUAUUGACGCAUUUGUAAGGAUCAAUGGUGGGAAUAAAUUGAGAAUGCACUGGGACCCAUCUGAUUCUAACGACGAAUAUCAAUAUGAAUCGACCCCGGUAACACAAUCUGGAACAUUCCGUUUGAACAAAAGUGAUAUUGUAGAAGUUCACGGCGUUUCUACCGAUUACUUUGGUACAGACUAUUCUAUUUUCACGGGAUUCUUAAUACAACCCGACUAGUCUUGCAAUGUCGGUAGUGAUAAAAUUGGGCAGCACGAGUAGGCCAGACUAUAGUGAGAUAGUAUAGAACACAUGCUUGCUUCUAAACUUGAUUUUAUGUUUGUGUUAUUACUGUAAAUAAACUAGAAAAAGAAAA